CAGCGGCUCCUGCCUGGGGAGAUCUGACCUCGCUGCAGCCAGGCGGGCGAGCCAGGUGGGCUGAGCGUGCGGAACGCUUGGGGACCCCGGGGGGCUCGCCUGGCUCCCAGCCGCCGCGCGCCGCUCCUGCCGCACUUCCUCCGCAGCGCUGCCGCCCGCGGCCGCCGUGCGCCUCCGCCGAGCCGGUGAGUCAGGGAUGAUGCGGGCGUCGGAGAGGCCCGGGCCCCCAAACCUGACAGUGAAGGCUCCCUCCACCUGGCCUGCCAGACCCUUCCUCUCGGCCGGGGGUGGAGUUGGGGGUCCAGGAGGGGCAGGGGCAGGGCAGAUAGCUGUUGCUGCCCAGGCUUGGGAGUGGUGGGCUGGGAGGGAGAGGAGUGAGGCGAUGGGAGACAUCAGCCAGGUUAAAUGGCCUGUGGUCCGGGAAGGACGCCUCGGGGUGGGCAGAAAGAUGCUGGGUCAAAACUCCGUGAUGAGGCCUCCCCCGCCUCUGUGGGAGGAUGCGGCACCCGGGUCCCCGGGGCGCUAGGGCUGCGCGGAAGAGGGCCCGGCCCCGCCGGCGUGCCGCCCGCUCUCCCAGUCCCCAAGCUCUGCUUUGCACCCUGUCCCCUUCUGCCGCCUGCUCCCCCCCGCCUCCGCCUUGGACUCUCGCCUUCUGUCUGCCUACCCACCUGGGGGCCCAGGGGCUUCCCCCUCCCCGCACUGGGGCCCCACCCCUGGCCCUGUGGUGGCGCUGGGGUCUCAGCCCUCCCACGAGGGUGAGAUUGGUGCCGGGAGCUGAGCUCCUGGCCCCUCCAGCCUGGGGCCUGGAGGGGCAGCUGGUCAGGAGGGGCUCUGAAAGCCCCUAGAAACCCUAAAGCACAGAGAGGGGGCAUUGGAUGCCUUCAGAGUCUAAAAACACAGAUGAGCCCCGAAGGGUUUGAGAGCUGAAGAGGAACGCCCUGGCAGGGCGGGGCAGGUCAGACCAGGCUCUGCCCACAGCUUGGGACCCUGGGAAUGUCACUUCCCCUUUCUGAGCCCUAGCCGUCCUGGUGGCAAAACGAGGGCUUUGAUAGACCAGUGGUUUUCCAACGGUUUCCCCCAGAGCCGGCCCCCUCUGCGGUGGGAGGUCGAGGGUCCUGGCCCCACCUGAAACUGCAUUUUUACGUCAUGAAUAUGGACCCCGGGUAGAGAAAGGGUUGUGCUCUUAACACAAACACUUUUGGACCCGCGGCUGUGGCCUCUUAGAGAUCAGGAUGUCCCAGAGCGAAAGUCAGGGACAGUUGUGGUCCCCGUUCCCCCAGCCUGGACUUCCGGCCCUGUGUACCCCCCUCUCGCUCCCCCGCCCCCUCCUGUUGGGCUGAACUCUCUAGACGAGGAGGCUGGGUCUACUUGGGCCCAGCUUCUAAACCUCUCCGGUCACGGGCUCCAGCCAGCCUCCCGGGCGGUGCCUCUGACUCUCUGUCCCCACAGAGGUUCCAGCUGUCCUCUGCUUAGGAUGGCCUCGCCCUCCAGCCCUCCCGCUUUCAGGCUUGAGACGUCAGACAGAAGCCGGGAAGAUGGUGCUGAGCGGGACAGAGGACAGCCCGGUGGUGGGGCCAGGCCGCCCCCCAUGGAGUCCGCGUUCCAGCCAGAGGACCGGAUGUUCCCCCCUCAGAUCACAGUGGAUCUCCACUACCGGAAGAGGGCAGGGGCCAGCCAGCCAGACCCAAACCGUUUUGACCGGGACCGGCUCUUCCGCGUGGUGGCCCGGGGGGUCCCUGAGGAUCUGGCUGGGCUGCCAGAGUACCUGCGCCGGACCAGCAAAUACCUCACGGACACGGAGUACAGAGAGGGCUCCACGGGGAAGACGUGCCUGAUGAAGGCUGUGCUGAACCUUCGGGACGGGGCCAAUGCCUGCAUCCAGCCGCUGCUGCAGAUCGACCGGGACUCGGGCAACCCCCAGCCUCUGGUCAACGCCCAGUGUACAGACGCCUACUACCGCGGCCACAGCGCCCUGCACAUCGCCAUCGAAAAGAGGAGCCUUCCGUGUGUCAAGCUCCUGGUGGAGAAUGGGGCCGACGUGCACGCCCGGGCCUGUGGCCAGUUCUUCCAGAAGAAGAGUCAAGACCCUUGCUUCUACUUUGGCGAGCUGCCCCUGUCCCUGGCCGUCUGCACCAAGCAGUGGGACGUGGUGACCUACCUCCUGGAGAACCCACACCAGUCCGCCAGCCCGCAGGCCGCUGACUCGCUGGGCAACACGGCCCUGCAUGCCUUGGUGGCAAUCGCUGACAACUCAGUCAAGAACACUGAGCUGGUGACCCUGAUGUAUGACAAGCUCCUCCAGGCUGUGGCCCGCCUCUACCCCACAGUGAGGCUCGAGGACAUCCCCAACCUGCAGGGCCUCACGCCCCUGCAGCUGGCCGCCAAGGAGGGCAAAAUCGAGAUUUUCAGACACAUCCUGCAGCGGGAGUUCCCUGGGCCGUGCCAGUCCCUUUCCCGCAAGUUCACGGAAUGGAGCUACGGGCCUGUGCGGGUGUCGCUGUACGACCUGGCCUCUGUGGACAGCUGGGAGGAGAACUCAGUGCUGGAGAUCAUCGCCUUUCACUGCCGAAGCUCGGUGAGCCCGCGGCGGCGGGCCUGGCAGGGCUCCUGCUGGGCCGCACCUGCCCUGCCACUGUGGCUGCCCCUCUCGACCUGGCUGCUGGGCACACACCCACUCCCCGCCAGGGUCCCGGUGGCUACCACUGGGGCCUCGCUGUUGACCAGCACCUCCUCUGGACUGGCCACUCCACGGCCACAGGGUGGGGUGGGGGCCGGAGGGGAGGGGUCCCUUGGGGCCCCAUCCUCCCCCCUGAAUCCCCGCAUAUACUGGGGGGCCGCGCCUCUGGCUCCCCCCUUCCCAUCCCAGGACCGACACCGAAUGGUGGUUUUGGAGCCGCUGAACAAACUGCUGCAGGAGAAGUGGAAUCUGCUCACCCCCAGGUUCCUCAUCAACUUCCUGUGUUACCUGAUCUACGUGUCCGUCUUGACCGCCGUCACCUACCACCAGCCCGCCCUGGAGAAGGACCUCCUGACGCUUGGGAACUCCACGCUGCUGCUGGGCCACAUCCUGAUUCUGCUCACGGGGGCCUACCUCCUCAUGGGCCAGCUGUGGUACUUCUGGAGGCGCAGGCUGUUCAUCUGGACCUCCUUCGUGGACAGCUACUUUGAGAUCCUCUUCCUGGUCCAGGCGCUGCUCGCGGUGCUGUCCCAGGUGCUGUGCUUCCUGGCGGUCAAGUGGUACCUGCCCCUGCUCGUGUCCUCGCUGGUGCUGGGCUGGCUGAACCUGCUGUACUACACGCGUGGCCUGCAGCACACGGGCAUCUACAGCGUCAUGAUCCAAAAGGUCAUCCUUCGGGACCUGCUCCGCUUCCUCCUGGUCUACCUCGUCUUCCUCUUUGGCUUUGCUGUAGCCCUGGUGAGCCUGAGCCGGGAGGCCCAGGCCCUCGGGGCCCCGCUGGGCUCCAACGCCACAGAGGCGGCAGGAGAGGGGGACAAGGAGGGCAGCGAGGCUCUGUACAAGGGCAUCCUGGACGCCUCCCUGGAGCUGUUCAAGUUCACCAUCGGCAUGGGGGAGCUGGCCUUCCAGGAGCAGCUGCGCUUCCGCGGGGUGGUGCUGGUGCUGCUGCUGGCCUACGUGCUGCUCACCUACGUGCUGCUGCUCAACAUGCUCAUCGCCCUCAUGAGCGAGACUGUCAACAGCGUGGCCCACGACAGCUGGAGCAUCUGGAAGCUGCAGAAAGCCAUCUGUGUCCUGGAGAUGGAGAAAGGCUACUGGUGGUGCAGGAGGAAGAAGCAGCGGGCAGGGGUGAAGCUAACAGUUGGCACCAGGCCAGACGGGAGCCCAGAUGAGCGCUGGUGCUUCAGGGUGGAGGAGGUGAACUGGGCUGCGUGGGAGCAGACGCUGCCCACGGUGUGUGAGGAGCCCUCGGGACCACCAGGCAGCUCUGGUGACACGAACGAACCCCUGGCCUCCCAGCCCAGCCAGGACAGUGUGACGGAGGAAGACAACGUGCCCCUCCAGCCCCUGGAGUCGCGCUGAUUCAGCAGGAGGCCUGAAGGCCAGAGCGGGGAACUAGUCUAGCCCUAUCUGCUGGCCCUGGGGCCCCAGAGAACAUGGGUGGUCAAAAUAAAUAUUUUCCCAUGACUGCCUCUCCUGAAAACAUUGUUUGCGUAAAGGUGCUGGGCCCCUGGGCUGUUGCAUGUCUCCGUGAGCACAGGUCUGUGUCUGGGCACAGGGGACCCUCACCCUGCAGGUAGCUGGCCAAGGUACUGGGCCUGCUGUCACCCCAGACGCAAGAUGGUGGACAUGGGCAAGCACGGCCACCACUCCUUCCUCUCUCACAGUCUCCAGAUACCCCUCAAAGCCGCCCCCAGGUCGUCUCUAAGCCUUCAGGUUCCUGGGCUUGCUUAGCUCAGGCUGUGGAUUAUUGCUCCUCUCCCCACGGGCUUCCGGCUUAGUUCCCACCCCUCCAAGCCAGAGGGACCUUCCCUAGACAGUAGGACAACACGUUACCCCUGUCUCUGAAGGCCUGAGAGGCUUCCAGCGCCCUCGGGGGCCCCUAGCUGGCAUCCCCAGCCCUCCAUGGUUCUGCCCAAGCAUUUCUAGACACCACCUGCUCUCCCUUCGCACAGGCCGAUGAUCUCGUGUGUGACUCCUAGGUUCGGCUCUCUCAAGAAGCCUCCAUUAAAAGCCCAUACUUAUUUCUAAGACCAGCUCAAAAAUCUUUGUCUCACUAUCGCCUUUCCAGUUUCCUCCCUUGGGGUAAUGUGUGUUCCUAGGACGUGAGGGCACGGGUUGAAUGUUUUAAGUAGCAAGCCUGUUCCCACGCUGGGAGGGAGGCUUCCCGGUCGGGGUGACGGGGGCACUCCUGAAGGAGUCCCGAUGGAGCCGGGGCGGAGGAAGGCGAGUGAGAACGGUCGGUCGGAAUGCCGGGGUUGCAGACUCGUUCGGGGAGGCCAGACAGCACCGCCCCCCAGAACCUGGAACAGCUAAGGUGGGUGCACAUUGGCUGCAGGCCCGGGCUUUGCAGCGUCUCAAGGGCCUAGUCGCAUGUGAAGCUCAGAACAACCACCGCUGGUCUCUGCAGCUCCACCUUCCAGACCCGCAACUGCAAGCGCUAUUCGCCGCAAACCACACAGCAUCAGAACAGAGCCCGUCCGGCGUGACUGCUCGGGCCCUGCGCAGGCGCUCUGGGGCUCUCCAGAGCCUGUGACCCAGAAUUCCCGAGCCUCGGAAGAGACCAUUGGCUCUACAGACGGGGGGAGUUCGGGGCGGAGCGGCGGCGCCUGUACCGUCAAACAGGCUGGAAGUUCCCGUGAGCCUUUGCCAGGACUCCUCACCCUUCUGUAAAGAGUGGAAUAUUCCAACUCCUUAAGAAUCUGGGACCGGAAGGAUGCGGCCUUUUCCCUGUGGGGUUGAGUUCGCUCGGUGCCUCGCUCCUGCUCGCGGGGGGGCCGGGGCCGGGGCGCGGGCGACAGAGCCUUUCUCACUUCUCAAAGAUGUUCGCGGGAAGCGUAACUGCAGGGCGGCGGGCGGCUGCGCUCACACAAGCAUUGGGGCGGGCGCUGUGGCCGGGUGUUGGGGGAUUGGGCCGGAGGCCCGAGGACCAUGUGCAUGUUUGUCGGGAGCCUGAAGUCCCUGCAGGUCAGGGCCCUGCCCCAGGCUAGCCGCUGGGAGUGAGCAGCCCCGAGAGAAGCGGGUGGCAGGCCCGCUCAGGGCUUUGGGAACCGGAGCAGCAUCCUUGCUCGAGGCUGCAGAUUACCAAGGUGCCAGCAUGUGAUCACCAACAGCUGAGCAUGGCCUGCUCAGAAGGUGUUGAGCGCUGAAGAAUGAUCAGCAGAGCAGAGUUUUAAAGCUGCCAGCGGUGGCCCAGAGACCUCAGCCCAAGAAGAGGCUGUGCUGCAGCAGAGGCAGAAUUCGAAGGCCCAAGGACCAGUCCUGGCCAUCCAUCCACUUGGACUCUGAAAACCGGGCCUUGACAGUUGGUGUAGAAAUGAUGCUCACCUCGUGCUGAGGGGACAGAAUUGCCACUGAGGGAACCAAGAAAUGGACUUGUCAACCUUUCCCUGGGACAGGCACUUUCGGUGUUAGUAGAUUCAUGAGUUUUUCAUCAUCGUCUCUUAACCAAAAGGAGCUUUUGCAUUUUAAAAUACUGUAAAUUUGUUAUAUUUGGUGUUUUAAACUGGAAAUGUCACAAAAUGUCCAUGCAGUUACAGUAAACACAAUGAAAGGA